AUGUCUGUAAUUUUGAUAGAGGGUCGUGGGAUCACAGACAACAUACAGAGAUUUUCCUCACUGCCACCUUAUCUACCUGUGAGCUACCACAUCCUCCGAGCAGAGACUUCCUUCUUUCUAAAGGAAACCAACCAGGACUUGCUGCGAAACUCCAGCCUGCAGUCCAGAGUUGAGUCCUUCUUUACGUACAAAGCCAAGCAGCCCCCCAUACUAAAUGCUAGCUAUGGGCCUUUUUCUGUGGAAAAGGUUGUGCCUCUGGAUUUAAUGUUGACUUCAAACUUUUUAGGCCCAGCUAAUAAGUUUAGUUUCGAUUGGAAACUGAAAGCCUAUAUCCUGCGGGAUAAAAUCUACCUGAGCCAGCCCAAAGUGCAGAUUCUGUUCCACAUCAUGGGCAGAGACUGGGAUGACCACAGCACCGGGGAGAAGCUACCCUGCCUGAGGGUCUUUGCCUUCCGAGAGACCAGAGAGGUGAGGGGCAGCUGCCGGCUCAAGGGGGACCUCGGGCUGUGUGUGGCAGAGCUGGAGCUCCCAUCCAGCUGGUUCAGCGCCCCCACACUGGGUACUGGGAGGAAGAAGUCAGUGGAACAGCCAGAGGGCAGUCCUGUGGAGCUGUACUACACGGUGCAGCCUGGGGAUGAGCGAGCAGACUGUGCAGGGGGUGACCUCAGGAAGGGCAAUGCCAUCCGUCCAGGAAAGGACGGACUGGAGGAAACCACAUCCCACCUGCAGAGGAUUGGCACCAUCGGCCUUUACCGGGCCCAGGACAGCGCCCAGCUCAGCCAGUUGCGUUUGGAUGGCAAUGUGGCCAUCUGGCUGCCUUCCAGGCCAGUCAAACAGGGAGCUGUGGUCACUGCCCACGUCACCAUCUCCAGCAAUUCCACUGUGGAUCUCUUUGUCUUGAGAGCCAAGGUCAAGAAGGGGGUGAACAUCCUGAGCGCUGAGACCAGCGAGCCCCGGCAGUGGGACGUGAAGCAGGAGGUGGGCAACGGCGGGAAGCACGCCACCACCAGCGUGGCCUGCCAGCGCCUGGGGCCGAGCGCGCGCAACAGAAGCAGCAGUUUAUUCAAUGAGGUUGUGCAGAUGAACUUUGAAAUAGCCAGCUUCAGCAGCCUCUCGGGGACUCAGCCCAUCACAUGGCAGGUGGAAUACCCACGGAAAGGGACCACAGACAUCGCUGUGUCUGAGAUCUUCAUCAGUCAGAAGGACCUGGUGGGCAUCGUGCCCUUAGCUAUGGACACAGAAAUUCUGAACACUGCCAUACUCACAGGAAAGACGGUUGCCAUGCCAAUCAGAGUGGUGUCUGUGGAGGAGAACAGUGCUGUGAUGGAUAUCUCCGAGUCGGUGGAGUGCAAGUCCACAGAUGAGGAUGUUAUCAAAGUGUCUGACCGUUGCGACUAUGUCUUUGUCAAUGGCAAAGAGAUAAAAGGCAAGAUGGAUGCAGUGGUGAACUUCACGUACCAGUACCUGAGUGCCCCUCUGCACAUCACCGUGUGGGUGCCCCGACUACCUCUGCAGAUCGAAGUCUCUGACACGGAGCUCAGCCAGAUUAAGGGCUGGAGGAUUCCCAUUGUGGCCAGUAAAAGGCCCACACGAGAGAGUGAGGAUGAGGAUGAGGAGGAGCGGCGGGGCCGGGGCUGUGCCCUGCAGUACCAGCGUGCCACCGUGCGGGUCCUCACCCAGUUUGUGUCUGAGGGUGCAGGCCCGUGGGGUCAGCUGAGCCACCUGCUUAGUCCUGACUGGCAGUUCGACAUCACCCACCUGGUCGCAGAAUUCAUGAAGCUGGAGGAGCCUCACGUGGCCACACUCCAGGACAGCAGGAUCUUGGUCGGGCGGGAGGUUGGGAUGACGACCAUCCAGGUGUUGUCCCCACUGUCUGACUCCAUCCUGGCAGAGAAGACAGUGACUGUGUUAGAUGACAAAGUGUCGGUCACAGACUUGGCCAUCCAGCUCAUGGCUGGGCUGUCAGUCAGCCUCCACCCCAACACAGAGAACAGCAAGGUCAUCACGGCUGUGGCCACAGCUGAGGAGCUGCUGCGAACUCCCAAACAGGAAGCCCUGGUCAGCACGUGGCUACAGUUCAGCGAUGGCUCCGUGACACCCCUGGACAUCUAUGACACCAACGACUUCUCUCUGGCCGCCACCUCCCUGGACGAGGCCAUCCUGUCAGUCCCCCCAGCCCGCUCCCUCAGGUGGCCCAUUGUGGUGGCUGAAGGGGAAGGCCAAGGGCCACUGGUCCGAGUGGACAUGACGAUUGCAGAGGCCUGCCUGAAAUCCAAACGCAAGAGCGUCCUGGCCGUGGGCGUCGGCAACGUCAGGGUCAAGUUUGGACAGAAUGACGCCGACUCCAGCCCCGGUGGGGACUAUGAGGAGGAUGAAAUCAAGAACCACGCCAGCGACCGCCGGCAGAAGGGUCAGGACUACGAGCGCACAGGCCAGGAUGGGCACUUCUACGGGAGCUCUUCCGUGGAGCGCGAGGAAGGGGCUCUCCGGAGAGUGACCACCACAACCAAGUCUCUGCUGGCCAACAAAGUGCUGAAGAACAGCCGGGGGGACGGGGGCAGGCUGCCCGGGGAGGGGCAGCUGCAGAACAUCCCCAUCGACUUCACCAACUUCCCCGCCCAAGUGGACCUCCCCAAGGCCGGGGCUGGGCUGGAGGAGAACGACUUGGUGCAGACUCCCCGGGGCCUGAGCGACCUGGAGAUUGGGAUGUACGCCCUGCUGGGGGUCUUCUGCCUCGCCAUCCUCGUCUUCCUGAUCAAUUGCGCCACCUUUGCCCUGAAGUACAGGCACAAGCAGGUGCCCUUGGAAGGUCAGGCCUCCGUGACCCACUCUCACGACUGGGUGUGGCUCGGCAAUGAGGCCGAGCUGCUGGAGAACAUGGGAGACGCGUCGCCGCCCCAGGAUGAGCGCACGACCAUCAUAGACCGCGGGCUGGGGGGCUACGAGGAGAGCAACCACCUCCUCCUCAACGGUGGCUCCCCAAAACACGUGCAGAGCCAGAUUCCCAGGUCGGCCGGCUCCGGGGGGAGGCAUGGCAGGGAGCAGAAACAGGAGCCCCUGCACUCGCCCACAUCCAAAAGGAAGAAGGUGAAGUUUACCACUUUCACUACCAUCCCCCCGGACGACGGCUGCCCCACCGUGAACUCCAUCCUCAGCAGCCAGGACGAGGACAUCAAGUGGGUGUGCCAGGACACGGAGGCGGGUGCUCCCAGGGAACUGAGACACUGUCUGGAGAAGUUCAGAGACAAAGUGUAG